AUGAUGAUGACGUGCCGUCUGCUGUGCGCCUUGUUGGUGCUUGCCCUGUGCUGCUGCUCGUCCGUGUGCGCGGCAGCCACUCAGCCUAAACCUGCCGCUUCUUCACAGACGACCACGACGACGACCACGACGACGACCACAACAAAACCGCCGACUACGACGACGACGACCACAACAAAACCACCAACUACGACUACGACGACUACGACAACGACGACUACGACACAGCCACCAAGCACUACGACGACAGAGGCGCCAGCUGUGUCGACCACCCGCGCACCGUCAGGUCUUCGCGAAAUCGACGGCAGUCUCAGCAGCUCUGCGUGGGUGUGUGCCCCGCUGGUGCUCGCCGCAUCCGCGCUGGCGUACACCGCUGUGGGCUGA